CUCCGCACCUCCAGCAUUGGCCGCCCCCUUCAACCCUCGGCGUCGCCACUGGCGCUGCUGCCCGACCCCCAGGCCGCUGUGGGCCGCGGAGCUGAUGAGGGCGCGGGCCCAGCCGCCGCCUCUGCGGCGUCGCCCUCGUUCCGGAGCGCCCCGAGCCGGAGCAGGCAUGACCGCGGAAUGAGCGAGGAGCCGCCGCCCGAGCCGGAGAAGGCAGCACGGAAGCCGGAGGCGAGAGCUAUGCCGGAGAAGCGCACGGGCGCGCAGGCCGCGGGUGGCAGCUCGGCUCCAGUGAUUUGCCUUGACCGGACGAGUGGAAAGUCUAUAAUGUUGGCACCUACCAUGAUUACGGGAGUGAAGAAAUCAAGGAUAGCACAAAAUGAAGUUUUAUCUUAAAUAAUUAUAGCUACAAGGCUUUGGUCGACCAAGUGUAUACCAUGCUGCUAUUGUCAUCUUCCUUGAAUUCUUUGCAUGGGGCCUGUUGACAACUCCUAUGUUAACUGUUCUACAUGAAACAUUUCCUCAACACACAUUCCUCAUGAAUGGUCUCAUUCAAGGUGUAAAGGGUCUGUUGUCUUUCCUUAGUGCCCCCCUCAUAGGUGCUCUGUCUGAUGUGUGGGGGAGGAAGCCCUUUCUCAUUGGCACAGUCUUCUUCACCUGCUUCCCAAUCCCACUGAUGAGAAUCAGCCCAUGGUGGUAUUUUGCCAUGAUUUCCGUGUCUGGAGUCUUCUCGGUCACGUUCUCUGUGAUAUUUGCCUAUGUAGCUGAUGUCACUCAGGAGCAUGAGCGAAGUACUGCUUAUGGAUGGGUCUCGGCCACCUUUGCAGCCAGUCUGGUCAGUAGCCCAGCCAUUGGAGCCUACCUGUCUGCCAGUUAUGGGGACAGCCUUGUCGUGCUGGUGGCCACAGUGGUGGCUCUUUUGGACAUCUGCUUCAUCUUAUUGGCUGUUCCAGAAUCUCUACCAGAAAAAAUGAGACCUGUUUCCUGGGGAACUCAGAUUUCAUGGAAACAAGCAGACCCUUUUGCGUCAUUGAAGAAAGUUGGAAAAGAUUCUGCUGUUUUACUAAUCUGCAUCACCGUGUUUCUUUCAUACCUUCCUGAAGCUGGACAGUAUUCAAGUUUUUUUCUCUAUCUCAGGCAGGUCAUAGGUUUUGGGUCUGUUAAAAUUGCAGCAUUCAUAGCUAUGGUAGGAAUUCUGUCUAUUGUGGCUCAGACAGUCUUUCUUAGCAUCUUGAUGAGAUCAUUAGGGAAUAAGAAUACUGUCCUCCUUGGUUUGGGCUUCCAGAUGUUCCAGUUGGCAUGGUACGGUUUUGGAUCUCAGGCCUGGAUGAUGUGGGCAGCAGGGACCGUGGCUGCCAUGUCCAGCAUCACAUUUCCAGCAGUCAGCGCCCUUGUCUCACGGAAUGCAGAAUCUGAUCAGCAAGGAGUCACCCAGGGGAUCAUAACUGGAAUAAGAGGACUGUGCAAUGGUCUGGGGCCUGCACUGUAUGGCUUCAUAUUCUAUAUGUUCCACGUCGAACUGACUGAGAUGGAGCCAGAAUUGAAUUCUAACCAAGCUGCCCUGCAGGGAGCUGUCAUCCCAGGCCCGCCAUUCUUAUUUGGGGCGUGUAUAGUUCUUAUGUCUUUUGUGGUUGCUUUGUUUAUCCCUGAAUACAGUAAAGCCAGUGGGAUUCACAAACAUAGCAGCAGCAUCAGCGGCAGCCUGACCAACACCCCAGAACGGGGCAUUGAGGAAGACUUUGAGCCGCUGCUGCAAGACAGCAGCAUCUGGGAACUCUCUUCCUUUGAGGAGCCUGGGAAUCAAUGCACUGAACUGUAAACUCGGCAGAAAGGGUGAUUUUGCAACUGCCAUCUUUGAGAGCCAUGGAGGGAGCCAUACCACAUGGAGACCUCAUGGGGCUGGAGGAGAGAUGCUAGCAUCCUUCAGGGCCAAGUAUGAUAAGCAACUUCCUCUGCUCCUCCUUCCAUCCUCCUCAUUCUCCUCCUGCUUCCUUUUCAUCCAUUCUUUUUCUUUGUACAUUAGAACAAGGUAAGAUUUGAAAUGUUUACCUGAAAAUGAUGUGCAACUCUCAAGAUCUGGAGUCUGAGCUUUGAAGCUUGAAUAGAAAAAGUCAUAUCUCUGGGAGAAAGGGUAGCUUUCCUUUAAUAACACCAGAAUAAGCAUGACAGCAGUCUUUCUAGGCCCUUUUCAGCAGAAUGUGCAGGAUUAUAGUAGGACUACCAUCUCUGGCAAGAUUUCAGGUGAAGAAUCCCUCCUCAUUUUAUUUCUUCCUGUUUCUCUGAACACAUGGCUGCGUAGCCCAUAGGCGUUUAUGAGGGGCCACUUUAAGAGUCACUCAGUAUCAGGGAUCUUUGUUCAGGGGUCACAGGAAAACCAAGUUUACUUUCCUUUCAUUCUUUCUACUUCCUAUUCUUAUCUAGAAUAAAAUUCCACAUAUACACCUCUAGUCAUAGAUAUGAUCAGUGAUUAUCUUUUUACCAGAUGAAGGAAAUUUUUCUUUAAUCAUGUAGCACUACCAACUCAGAUUCCUGAACCUAGUGUCUAGGUCCAAUCCAGAGUGAUUUUACAGAAGAAAAACACAUCAAGCAUUCUGAUGGUAACAUAGAAAUUGGAGGAUGCUUCUAAAAAUGUUUUCAACAAAUGUGAACAUUCCGAAGUGUGGAUAACAAUUAGUAACUAGAUACCAGAGUAGUUUAUAUUCAAGUUCGGGCUUACAGAAUUCAUUGUUACUAUUUGUACUUUUCCACAUCUGCCUUGUCUGACUCCUCAAAUAAUUUUUCCCAUCCGUCACACUUCUGCCUUAACUAUUCUCUGUAGUAUGCAGUUGUUUUUAAUCAUAAUCUUCAUUUCAUUCUGUUUAUCUCACUUUUAAAUCUCAUGGGAAUAUUCACAUCAAAGUUCUUUCUAAAAUAUGGUUUAGUGAAGCUCAGUUUCACAAGUGUCUUGCUAAUUUUUCGAGAUACUUUAUGGACUAAGAAAACUUUACAGAUUUCUAUGUAUUUUGCUGCACCAAUAAAUGAAUAUUAAAUAUGGCCUACCUUUAUCAGAGCAGUCCUUUGAAAGUUUUAUAGGUAUGAAAUAUAUGUAGAUAUUUGUAAGGGGUUUUAAAUUUUUUGAUGGGGUGCUGUGUAAAUCUUGUAUUUAUACAUGUAAUGAAGAUAUUGACAAAAAAUAUAUAUACAACUUUUAUAAAGGAUUAUGUACUAACUGAAUACAUUUAAAAUAAAAUAUAUUUUGAAAUCUGUUCUGCCAUGAAUGGAGAUAACAUAUCUUUUUACUAUGCUGUUGGUUUUUAAGUUAAGCUUCCUAUGCAUAAUAAAUUUGCAACGGAUACCUUUAUGUCUUUUGUGUUUCUUUGAAGCAAAUAGUACCGUGGAUCUUUUGGAUUCUGUUUUGGCUUCCACCUAAAAUGAAUUAUUCUACACUAAUGUAAAAGAUGUGUGUGUUUUCAAAAAAAAAUUUAAUUUUAGCACACUUCCUUCAAAUUUGCUUUAAAAAUCAGAUCAUUUAAGAAUUUAUAUAUGUAUAUUUUUAUUUUAAAAAUGCCCUCAUAACAUCUUUAUUUCUGCUUUUUACCACUGCUUGUCACAACUGCAGUUACUUUACCCAGUAUGACCAGUGUCUUUUUAUUGUUUGUUUAAUUAUAGGUAGAUUUUUAAAUUGAGAUAAAAUUCACAUAACCUACAAUUCACUAUUUGAGCCAUUUUAAAGUAUACAAUUCAGUGGUUUUUAGUAGAUUCAUAGUGCAGACAACCAGUAUCUAAUUCCAAAGCAUUUCCAUUGCUCCAAAAAGAAACCCCAUGCCCGAUAGCAGUUACCCCGAAUUCCUCCUUCUUCCAUCCCUUGGCAAUCACCAGUCUGCUUUUUUGUGUCUCUGAAUUUGCUUAUUUUGGACAUUUCGUAUAUAUGCAGUCAUACAAAUGCAAAUCAAUUGUGUUUUCUUUUGUUUAGCAUAAUAUUUUCAAGGUUCAUUAAUGUUAUAGCAUGUAUCAAUACUUACUCCUGUUUAUAGCGAAAUAAUCUUCCCUUGUCUGGAUAUACCACUUUUU